CUUUCAACAUUUACGCGCUAACAUUAGGCGGGAAAACAUUCCGAGCGGGAAUAUGUCUCAUUUGAAAAUAUUACGCGGGAAUUUAGCUCAUAGAAUUCUAAGUAAUUUAACUCCUAAAACAAAAUGUAAAAAAAUUAGACAAUUUCACGUAUCUAACCGUAAUUCAGCAAUUAAAACAGCGACGGUGGUUGAGCAUAAUGUUUUAAGUUCGCCGUGGGGUGAAAUUACUAUAGGAAACGAGACUUUAACUCAACACGUAUUUCAAGAUGUCGAAAAAUGGUCGGACGCUCCCUGUGUGACAUGCGGCGCAUCAGGUCGUUCAUACGACUACGGUAUGAUGAGGAUGAUGAUUGAUAGAUGUGCGAACGCUCUCGCCGGACAUUUGAAACUCGCGCCGGGUGAGAGAGUAGGUCUCAUACUACCGAAUCUACCUGAAUUCGUAGUGCUUAUACAUGGUGCUAUGCAGGCUGGCCUCGUAGUUACAUUCGCCAAUCCCCUGUAUACAGCUGAUGAGGUCGGACGCCAAUUUUCUGAUUGUGGUGUUAAAGCUAUUGCUACAAUUGAAAUGUUCAUGCCGGUUGCUGAAAAAGUCAGUAAAAUGUUAAAAGACUACAAAGGUACCAUCUGGGUGGGUGGUGAUGACGAUAAAGCAAAAGGUAUAUACGGUCUGAAGUCCUUACUGAUGGCUGAUCAUAAAGCCGACUUGCCGACAUUGAAUUGUGAUGACGUGUGUUUGGUCCCGUACUCCAGCGGCACAACGGGUCUACCGAAAGGCGUCAUGUUAACACACAAGAACUUGGUCUGCAAUCUCAAGCAGGUCCAAGUGCCCAAGAUGAUGAAGUAUGAAGGAGAGAAAGGUAAAGGAGACGUAAUUCUAACUGUUCCGCCGUUUUUCCAUAUCUAUGGCUUCAACGGGAUACUGAACUACAAUCUCAUCUUAGGGUACCAUUUAGUGUCUAUCCCAAAAUUCACUCCAGAGGAUUAUAUCAACUGUCUGGUAGAAUAUCAGCCGACUACGUUGUUCGUGGUGCCGUCGUUGCUAGCUUUCUUGGCGACUCAUCCCUCUGUGAAGAAGGAACAUCUUCAGUCGGUGGAGACCAUUAUGGUCGGAGCCGCGCCCACUACUGACAGCAUGUUAGAGAAGUUCCUCAUCAAGUGUGAGAAGAGCAAGGACCAGAUCAAGUUGCUUCAAGGUUAUGGUAUGACGGAGAGUUCUCCCGUGACGCUGAUGACUCCAUACUCGUACCCGUACAGUAAGGUGGGCUCUGUGGGUCAGCUGGUGCCGUCUACUCAAGCCAGGGUGACGUCACUGACUGACGGCACACCCCUCGGACCACACCACAGCGGGGAGCUGCUUCUGAGGGGCCCGCAGGUAAUGAAAGGUUACUGGAAUAAUGAGAAGGCGACGGCAGAAACGGUUGAUAGUGAGGGUUGGCUGCAUACAGGAGACGUGGCCUAUUACGACGAGGACGGGUACUUCUAUAUAGUUGACAGAACCAAAGAGCUCAUUAAAGUUAAAGGCAAUCAGGUGUCACCAACAGAAAUAGAGAGUAUAAUUAUGGAAAUACCUGAAAUCGCGGAUGUUGCGGUCGUGGGAAUCCCCGAUGCGUUAGCCGGGGAAGUACCACGAGCCUUCGUCGUUCUGAAACCAGGAAGUAAAUUAACAGAAAAAAAUAUUUACGAUGUCGUAGCAGAGAAACUCACCAAAUAUAAGCAUCUCGAAGGAGGUGUUGUAUUCGUAGAGGCUAUUCCAAGAAAUGUAGCUGGUAAAAUAUUGCGUAAUGAACUUAAAGUAUUAGGAAGGAAGAAGUGAGUUGGUUGGAAUAAGAUCAGAAUUUAGACAAUUAAUUUAGUUAUAGAAAAAAUCGUGGCUAGUAACUAUAAGAACUUUGGAUAGAAAACAAAAAAAAUAUUUAAUAUGUACAGAAUGGCUGUAAAAAUAGUAUAGACUGAUAUAUUAUAUUACUAAGUAAUAGAACUUUGUACUUAUAAAACUCACUAUACAUUAUACAACGUAUUCUUUUCUACUUAUUGUGGUUAUUUAAUUUUUAAGUAUAAAUUGUGAAAAAAUAAAGUUUUCAGUAUUUCAUGUUGAAAUCAUUUAAGUUUUUGAGUGCAAUAAAUUGUUUGUUAUAAA